UUUAAACCUUGGGAGUUAUUGACUUAUUCGCUGUGUGUGACGCCUUGGGGUUGGGCUGGCGGGAGAAGGUCCGGAUGGGCUCAGACCUCCCCGCUACCCUCUCACCUCUAGGCCUUCUGAGUGGGUCUCGACAGGAAGCGGUAUCCAGUGGGGACAUGUGUGAGGGAGGAGAAGUAUGGCGACGUCUGGGGCUGCCUGCACACAGGUUUGCUUAGCUUCCGGGCUAGCCACCGGUUGGCCUCGGAUUUGAAUUAGUGGUGUCUGGCGGGAUGGAGUGGUGCAAAGAUUAAACUUGACGUGUGCUCUCUCCACUCACCCUGCAUUAGACUCUGCACCUUAUUUCAAAUGUAGAGUUCUCUGCUACCAGUGAUGUUCAGAUAAGCGUCAGUGAAAUGACUCUUCAGGAAUUGGUGCAUCAGGCUGCCUCUCUUUAUUCAGAUAAAAUAGCUGUGUGUUUUGAUGAAUGUAACAACCAGCCUCCAGUUUACUAUACCUACAAGACUGUGAUUAAUGCUGCUUCAACAUUAUCGAAUUUUCUACUGUUACACUGUGACUUUCAAGGAAUUCGGGAAAUUGGUCUCUACUGCCAUCCUACAAUAAACUUACCCUCUUGGAUUUUAGGAAUUCUCCAAGUCCCUGCUGCUUAUGCACCUGUUGAUCCAGAUUCACCGCCAGCAUUAUCAAUUCAUUUUAUGAAAAAAUGUAAUCUGAAGUAUAUCCUUGUUGAAAAAGUACAUAUAAGUAAAUUCAAGUCUUCCUAUGAAGCAUUAUUGAACUAUGAUAUGCUUACAGUAGAACAUAAUGACCUAGUACUCUUCAGACUUCACUGGAAGAAUGUUGAGGUGAGCCUGGUGCCAAACGAUAGAAAAGAGAAAUAUGAAAAAGGAACCAUGACAAAGAGUAUGCCUUCUGAGAGCAGCAGUGAAGAAAAGUCAGAAGAGCGCAUGGAUGUGAGGCUAAAGCACUGCUUGGCCUAUGUCCUCCAUACGUCAGGCACUACAGGGAUACCUAAGAUUGUCAGAGUCCCUCAUGCAUGUAUAGUGCCAAACAUCCAGCAUUUUCGGGUGCUUUUUGAAAUCACUCAUGAAGAUGUUUUGUUUCUGGCUUCACCUCUGACCUUUGAUCCUUCUGUGGUGGAAAUCUUUGUUGCUUUGUCAAGUGGUGCCUCUUUGCUUAUUGUGCCAACUUCUGUCAAAAUGGUCCCAUCAAAAUUAGCUGCUGUUCUGUUUUCCCAUCACAGAGUGACUAUUUUACAGGCAACGCCGACAUUGCUUAGAAGAUUUGGAUCUCAGCUCAUCAAAUCAACUGUUUUAUCCACCAAUACUUCUCUUCGCAUAUUGGCCCUUGGUGGUGAAGCAUUUCCAUCAUUAACUGUUCUCAAAAGCUGGAGAGGAGUAGGCAAUAAAACACAAAUAUUUAAUAUUUAUGGCAUCACAGAGGUGUCAAGUUGGGCGACUUUCUACAGGAUUCCAGAGAAGAUUCUUAACUCUACUUUGAAAUGUGAAUUGCCUGUACAGCUGGGAUUUCCACUGCUUGGAACAGUAGUUGAAGUCAGAGAUACUAAUGGUUUCACAAUUCAAGAAGGCAAUGGCCAAGUAUUUUUAGGUGGCAGAAAUAGAGUAUGUUUUCUUGAUGGCGAAAUGAUGGUACCACUUGGCACAAUGAGAGCCACAGGAGACUUUGUAACUAUAAAAGAUGGAGAGAUAUUUUUCUUGGGACGAAAGGACAGUCAGAUCAAACGUCAUGGCAAACGUCUUAACAUAGAACUUGUACAACAGAUUGCUGAAGGUCUUCAACAAGUGGAGUCUUGUGCAGUUACAUGGUAUAACCAGGAAAAAUUGAUUUUGUUCAUGGUGACUAAAAAAGAUUUAGUAAAGGAUUACAUCUUUGAAGAACUGCAGAAACAUCUUCCAAGUCAUGCCAUCCCAGAUGAGCUUGUGUUAAUUAAUUCUCUGCCAUUUACAUCUCAUGGCAAAAUUGAUGUUUCUGAGCUAAAUAAGAUAUAUUUAAACUACAGAGACUUGAAGUCUGAGUGUAAGCUCAGUGGAAAAGAGGAACUUUGGGAAAAAUUACACCAUUUGUGGAAGUCUGUUCUGAGUCUCUCAGAAGAUGCUUUGAAGAUUCCUGAUGAGUCACUCUUCUUAAAUAGUGGUGGAGAUUCCUUGAAAUCCAUACGGCUCCUCAAUGAGAUUGAAAACCUUGUUGGCACAUCAGUACCUGGGCUUCUGGAAAUUCUUCUCAGCAGUUCUAUUUUAGAGAUUUACAAUCACAUCCUUCAAACAGUGUUUUCAGAUAAAGACCUGACACUUAGCAAGAAUCAUGCCAUGAAAAGAAAAUUCAGCGAUGCUACUCAAGAGGAAGCCAGUGGAAAAUCUUUACAUCAGGAAGCUGUCGUGCCUUUAAAUUGUGACAAUGAGAGCAAUGCUUUUAUUGCAUUGAGCAGAGGGAACCAGAUUUUGUCUUUGAAUACUGAUAGGUAUUUAACUAAGUUGGGACAUUGCCCUUCAACCUAUUCUUCUGAUUUAAAUUCACAGACUGACAUUCAAAAUAGAGAAAGCCUAAGUACUCCACCUCUUAUUGGGAAGUCAGAAGAUCCAUCCUGUGUUGUAGAAGUUUCUGAAGAGGACACACCUGUGAUUAGGGCUGAGAAAAUGGAGUUUCGUGUGAGGUGGAGGUCAGACACAGGCAAAUGUGUGGAUGCUUCACCUCUGCUUGUAAUACCAGCUCUUGAUAAGUCAUCUGCAACUGUGUACAUUGGCUCCCAUUCUCAUAGAAUGAUAGCAGUUGAUCUUUACUCUGGAAAGGUGAAAUGGGAACAGAUUUUAGGAGAUCGCAUUGAAUCCUCAGCAUGUGUAUCUAAGUGUGGAAACUUUAUUGUAGUGGAAAAAGAAGUGUGUUUGGAAGUUGAAAUGUGGAGGAACUGUUUUUUCUUCUCCUUGUUUGAGCCUGAUUCCAUCUCACUUGUAUUUUGCUACACUGGGAGGACUUUUACUGGCUAUAAAUCCUGCCACUGGGGACAGAGUUUGGAAACAUUCCUGUGGAAAGCCACUCUUUUCUUCUCCACGGUGUUGCCUACAGUAUAUUUUUAUUGGCUGUGUAGAUGGAAAUUUACUCUGCUUUACUCACUUUGGAGAACAGGUCUGGCAGUUCUCUACCAAUGAACCAAUCUUUUCAUCCCCAUGUACCUCAGCAUCAGAGCAAGAAAUAUUUUUUGGUUCUCAUGACUGCUUUAUCUACUGUUGUAGUAUGAAAGGUCACCUCCGGUGGAAAUUUGAAACUACCGCAAGAGUGUA